AUCAAGACAACUGUCUACAGUAAGCAUAGCUUUCUCUACACCAACCUGGAGUAUAACUUUUGCCAUGGAAAGAAGAGGCACAUAGGAUAUCGGGAGAAGACCAGUUCCCUGACACCAAGAACGGACAAAUGGGCAGAUAGGGAUAGAGAGAGACCUGUGCAGAGUCGCUCUCCCUCGCCGGCACCACAGCAGCCUCCGGCAUUACCACCAGAGCCACAAACACCCACAGGUGAGGUGCUACCCCUCGCCCGGCACUAGAUGGAUGACUUUGCGGUACCAUCAACCCAGGAGGUGUAUGCUUCUGCUAAAGACUUGAUGACUCUGCCAGUACUGAGUCCCGCUAAGGUGCCUGAAGCAGCACCACCUGCGCCGCCUAGCAGCACCGAAUCCACUACUUUCAGGCCAAUCUCAAGACUGGCCUCUAAGGGAAAGACUCUGUUUAUUACCUCACCAGAGAUGUCCCCGUGGCACCGGUCCCUGGCGCUGGGAGGAUCAUCACCGCCAUGGUCACCUCAGUCAUCCAGCUCUCCUUCUUCUUCAGAAUCAGAUUUGGGGUCCGACAUCUCAAGGCACCAGCACCGUCGCUACUCCCCACACCCGUCUCUGACGUCAGGAGUCCCAGCAGCCAUGAUGCCUCAAGGCGCCUGGUCCGUCGGUCCCAGCAUCAUUCCAGUGGCCCUUUUGGAACCCCUGGGGGUUUCCCUCACGUCAAAGUACCAACUCGAAGCGCUCCUAUUCAGCGUGGUCAGAGAUGAAAGCAAUGCUGGGGAUGCACCGACAUACUCUUGAGUCAAGCUCCAGGGUCAACGCUGGACCCGGUUCCAGUACCAGUCCCAGCACCGAAUCUGCAACACAUCCCAGUAUCGAGGCAGAUGCCAGUACUGGUACUGGCCAGCAAGUGCACACUGGCCAGGAGGAGAUUCCCUUGGACACUAGGACAGCGCAUCCCUCCUCCUCGUCCUCACUGGAGGACGAAUUAAUGCUUAAAGGGUCUUCUCCUCCCCAGGAUCACCUGAGAGUCUACCAGGACUUAAGCAGGUGGCAUCUAAUUUGGUUCUCCAGGCGGAGGUCAUUAGGGAACCAUCUGUUGGCUUCCUGGACAUUCUGAUGGCCGCAGCCCCGGCAAGGUCGCUCUCCCCUUGCACAACUGCAUUAUAGGCCCAAUAAAGGCCCUCUUGUAAAACCUAGCAUCCCUCCCUCCCACUGUCAAGAGAACUGAAGGAAAAUACUUUGUACCAGCCAAGGAAUGGGAGUUUCUACUUUCCCACCCCAUGCCUGGGUCUCUCAUCAUAGGAGCUGCUAACAAGAAGGACCGUCAAGGCAACAUGGAGUCAACUCCAAAGCCAAGGGAGCCUAAAAAAAUGGACCUUCUGGGAAGGAAGGCCUAUGCUUCAGGAGGACUCCAACUUGCUCAUAGCGACCCAGAAGGCAUUGCUGGGUCGCUAUGACUAUAACAUGUGGGAAGGGAUGACUAAGUUUAAGGAUAAACUUCCCCAGGAAAACCCAGCAGGAGUUCUCAGGCCUGGUGGAAGAAGGCAAGACCAUUCCCAGAGUCACCUUACGGGCAGCCCACAUCAGUCACUAUGCACAGGAGCUAUGGCUGCAAGCAUCAGCAUUCCCACAAGAAGUCCAGCAAGCAAUGCAAGACCUGCCAAUCAAGGGGCCCUGGCUUUUUUUUUUUUUUUUUUUUUAAACAAACUGAUGCUAGGCUCCACCAUGUUAAGGACACCAAAGCAACUCUGAAGUUCCUGGGUUUGCAGUCCCAGUCUCAGCCCAGGAGACCAUAUAGGCCUUAUCAGUUUGGCCGCUUCUAUCCUCACCAGAGAUACAACCAGAGCAGACGAAGGAAUAGAGACUCUGGGUGCAGGCCACAUCCACCUUCCUCCUUCUCAGUGCAGCCCUCUCAACUGGCCCCUUGUCUGCAGCCCUUUCAACUGGCCCCUUGUCAUUUGGGUACCUCAAAGCACUCAUUUUGGUGGGUUUGUCAAGGCCAGCAUAUGAAUCCCACUCUCUCACGAUCCAGUUACCCCUAUUUUUUCCAACCAUCUUUCCCACUUCCUCGAGGCCUGGAAAAGGGUCACUUCCAACCGCUGGGUCUUUAAACACAGUGGAGUCACCUCCAACCCACCCCCCUUCCCCAUCCCUCUUCAGGAACCCUUCUCACAAGCUUCUGCUAUAGCAGGAAGUUCAGUCCCUUCUCAGUCUGGGGGCUGUGGAAGAGGUUCCACCACCUCUAAAGGGAAGAGGGUUCUACUCCCAUUAUUUUCUGAUACCCAAGGCCAAGGGGGGUCUCUGGCCCAUCGUAGACCUGUGCCGCCUCAACCGGUUUCUCAAAAAGCUGAGGUUCCGCAUUGUCUCCUUGGGUUCCAUUAUCCUGUCUCUGGAUCCAGGGGAUUGGUAUGCUGCCCUCGACUUAAAAGACACAUUUUCAUAUAUCAAUUUUCCAUGGCCACAGAAAAUAUUUGAGAUUCAUGGUGAACCAGGGCCAUUACAAAUUUGUAGCCCUGCUAUUUGGCCUUUCGGUGACCCUGAGAGUCUUCACCAAAUGUAUGUGGGUGGUAGCAGCCUUUCUAAGAAGAGGAGGAGUCCAUGUAUUCCUGUACCUCGACGACAACUGGCUAAUUCAGGGCAAAUCUCAAGAGCAAGUGAAGUGGGACAUUGCCGUCAUCCAAACAACCUUCAAGUAGUUGGGCCUACUUACCAUGUGCAGAAUUCGACACUAGUCCCCACUCAGAUAAUAGAGUUCAUCGGGGCAGUCCUCAACUCCCAGCUGGCAAAGGCCCUCUUCCCCGGGGAUCCCUUCUGAGCAAUCUCAGAGCUAGUCUACUGCAUGCAGGCCCAUCCCAUCACGACUGACCUGCUUGAGUCUUCUCGGCCACGUAUGGCAUCAUGCACGUAUGUGGUGCAUCAUGCAAGGCUGAGACUCGGACCUCUCCAAGCCUGGCUAGCUACCCUCCCUCAAGGUACCCCCUACACAGGGUGAUUAUGCUGCCCUCACACAUCCUCAGCUCCCUAUCAUGGAGGCUAGACUGUAAGGUGGUCUGUGAAGGGAUUCCCUUCACAAAAUCUCAACCAUCUGUGCACCUGGUCUCCGACGCUUCAGUGCUGGGUAAGAGAGCCCUUUUGGGGGUGCUCAAGACUCAAGGACAUUGCUCCACAAUGGAGCUAGCUCUCCACAUCAAUGUCAGAUUGCUCAGAGCAGUCAGUCUCAUAUGCCAAGAGUUUCUGCCUCAUAUUGCAAACACGACAGUAUCAGUCCUCACAGAAAAUAGGUCAGCCAUGUAUUAUAUCCACAGAAAGGGCGGAGCCCAUUCUUCCCCUCUGUGUUGGGAAGCAGUUUGCCUAUGGGCGUUCUGCAUCACAUGUUCUAUUACAAUUGAGACUCCAUUUCUGCCGGGGGUACUGAAUCAGUUUGCAGACCGCCUCAGCAGAUCCUUCUGCACUUACCAUGAGUGGUCCUAUGCUGAGAUGUCGCACUGAGCAUCUUCCGCAUGUGGGCUUUUCCCACCUAGAUCUCUUUGCCACAUGUUCCAACAGAAAGUGCCAGCAGAUUUGCUCUCUGAGGGGCCACAGUCCAGGCUCAAUGACAGGCAUGUUUCUGCUGAACUGAUCACAUCAUCUGCUCUAUGCCUUUUUGCCCGUUCCGCUGGUGCACAAGGUGCUGACAAAAGAUUGAGCAGGACUGAGCUUGGGUCAUCCUGAUAGCUCCAGCAUGGCUCAGGCAAUAUUGGUACACCUCACUCAUUCAUUUCUCUCACGAGACCCUGAUUGAGCUGCCUCUGUACCCAGCCCUGAUCUCGCAGGACCACGGUCCGUUGCUCCAUCUGAACCUCAGCUCUCUUCAUCUGACAGCAUGAUAUCAUUGUGGCUGAAUCCUGAUGAGCAAGCUUGUUCGGAGCAGGUCCAGAAAAUUCUCCUGGACAGAAGGAAGGCUUCCACAAGGUCCACUUACUGUGCAAAGUGGAAAAGUUUUUCCGUCUGGUCAUUGGGUUCCACCGAUGCAUUCUUCUAUUCAACUCAUUUUGCACUACCUCCUGUCUUUGAAAAUACUGUGCACAUAUUGCUGUGCUAAAGGGUGUAUGCACCCCGUGUAAACAAAAGGUGUGCGUGUGUAUGCGGGGCAAUAGAUCAGCAGAGAGAGUUCCACCAAAUGCAUCCGAUGAACUGAGCUGUAGCUCACGAAAGCUUAUGCUCAAAUAAAUGUGUUAGUCUCUAAGGUGCUACAAGUACUCCUUUUCUUUUUGCGAAUACAGACUAACACGGCUGCUACUCUGAAACCAGAGAGAGUAUGGAAUCGUAGGAGGUGAGUGUAUGUUUUAAUUAGUAUGGAGUUAAGCAGCUGAAUUUUUGUCAGUAAAAAGAGGCUUUGUCUGUACUUAUUCCCAUCAUCUUGUGGGAAAAUACCAUGUGCUUUGUGUCAAACUCUCUCUGAACUCAACUGAAAUUUCACUUGGCUCGAGGGAGCUCAGGUGUCGCUGACAGCUGGAACGCAGAGAAGUAUCAGGUUUCAAAGGAACAACGAGGACGUUCAGCUAAUCUGAUGGAUUUGAUGGCUGUGCAUUUCUAACUUUAGUGAAUUGCCUAGUGAAACCGAAUCAAUAACAGAUCCUGAGAGGAUAAAGAGAGGUAAAAGAAGGAAGAUUUGUGGAAUACGGUAAAUGAUUAAUUUAGGAUUUUUAACACUGAAAAGGGGCGACAGAAGCUCACUGUUGCGCUAAUGGGAUAGGAGAGGAGGCUUUUCUGAGCUAGAAAUUAUGUCCAUCUGUAUGAAACCUUCCUUAUGCCUUUAGGGAAUCUGAGUCCCAGCUUCCAGCUUGUUCCCGAACGGGAGGAAAUAAGGCGGAUCAGGCAGGGCCAAGGGGCUGCAGCAGGUUGGGGUAUUAGUUUUCUGUUCUUUCCUGUCACAUGGCCCGUAAUUGGAUCCCUCGCUCUGCUGGGGGCUGCAGUUGCAGAGCAGAUGCUGUAGGGUGUCUCUGCUAUCGCUGUAUUUCCCCUUCCCUGCACCCCAGCACAGAGCACCCGAAGCAGGAGGCUUCGUUCCCUGCUGUGCUGGAUGAAGGAGCCAAGCCGGGACCUGCUGCCUGCCCUCGCCCAUGGAGUGUCCCGCAGCCACCGUGGCACUCGCCCUCUCGGGAUUGGCGCUGACUUUCUGCUUUGAGCGGCUCUAUUCCGGUGAGUGACGUUUGGCUACGCCCGGAAUGUCUCGCACGGACUGGGAGUAGCCGAGGGACCGGGCUCUUUCACUCGGAGGCUCGGAAUAGUCGAUGUUGUAAAGCUGGACUUGGCUGGCUGGUAUAGCUCACCCAGCGGCUCCGGAGGUCACUUUGCCCCUUUGGGACGGGUCGCUCUGUAUCUGCACCCAGGAUGCGCUCAGCUGCAGGAUCCCGAAGCUAUUCCCCUCUCCUCCUUCCCCCGCAGAUUUGAUACAAAGCUCGGACUAAUUUGUUUGCAGCUGGGAGGUAUUUUUUCAUGGCUAUUCGCUGCACCUGGCUGAUUGCAAACCCUCUUGCAUUGAGUGUGGGGAUUAUGUAAAGAAUCGGUCUGAGACAGGAGAGUCUGUGUGGUGUGUAUAUACAGAGAGAGAGACAGACAGACAGAAAUGAGAGAUACUGAAACUGUUGCAUUUGGCUCUGAGGCUGAAGAAAUGUUAAGUGAGCAAAGGAAAGCAACAUGAGUCUUCUCCCAGCUCUGCACAGCUGGGGGUACCCGAAGGGAAUGAGGAGCAUGCUGAGCGGUAGGAGCAGCUAAUCCCUAGGAAAUGAGACAAAUUACAUUAAUUUAGGGCUGUGUCAGACCAGCAGAGCCAGCCUUUGGGAGGCACCAGGCUUUCCUCUUCCUGAAGAGUGACGAUUGAAUUUUCUGUUUCUGUAAAUGCUUUGUUGUGUUCAGGUUCUUAAUCCCACCCACCGCCCUGACAUCGCUAUAGCCUCAGCAUUUACUAAUUAGUUCCUUAUUGUGACACUAAGAAUUAGGCAAAACAUUUGUAAUUUCAUUGACAUCAAUAAGUGAAGUGUAAAUGUUUUAAAUAUCUUAAAAUCUCCUUGCUUAUGACGGUCAAGUGGUAAGCAAGCAUUUAUGCAGCUCCAACUACAAGAUCCCAACAACUCAGCCUGUGGAUGUUUUCUGGGAUUCUCCAUCGAGAAGGCUUUGUAUGCCGUGGGCUUCCCUUCAGAAUGUUACACUGCAAAUGGGGCGGACUAUCGGGGCACUCAGAACCAAACCUCCCUGCAUGCGGGGAGACCUUGUCUCUUUUGGAAUGAGACUUUCCAGCAUCCUUACAAUACCCUGAAAUACCCCAAUGGAGAGGGAGGGCUUGGAGAGCACAACUACUGCAGGAACCCUGAUGGAGAUGUCAGCCCGUGGUGCUACAUUGCAGAGUGUGAGGAUGGAGUGUAUUGGAAAUACUGUGAGAUUCCGUCUUGCCGAAUGCCUGGGAAUCUUGGCUGUUACAAGGACUAUGGAGAUCCCCCUCUUACUGGCAUCAGUGAGACCUCAAACAAACUCACUAUCCAAACCUGCAUCAGCUUCUGCCGAAAUCAGCAGUUCAAGUUUGCAGGCAUGGAGUCAGGCUAUGCCUGUUUCUGUGGGAAUAACCCUGACUAUUGGCGCUAUGGGGAGGCAGUCAGCACAGAAUGCAACAGUGUCUGUUUUGGCGACCAUACCCAACCCUGUGGUGGCGACGGCAGGGUCAUCCUCUUUGACACCCUCCUUGGUUCCUGUGGGGGGAACUAUACCUCCCCAACAUCUGUGAUCUAUUCUCCAGAUUUCCCUGACACCUAUGCCACAGGCAGGGUGUGCUACUGGACCAUACAAAUUCCAGGAGCAUCUCAGAUUGAGUUCAACUUCACUCUCUUUGACAUCAAGGACUCCACAGACAUGGUGGAGGUGCUGGAUGGCUACACUUACCAUGUGCUGGCUCGUUUUGAUGGCAGGAACCGGCCUCCCAUCUCUUUUAAUGUCUCUUUGGAUUUUGUCAUUUUGUAUUUUUUCUCAGAUCAAAUAAAUCAAGCCCAGGGAUUUGCUGUCGUGUACAGAGCUAUCAAAGAAAAGCUACAUCAGGACAUUACUACAGUCAAUCAGAUAUUUACUGAGGUGAUAACUGACCAAGCAAAUCUCCGCAUCAAUGCAGCCCAGUCUUCAAAGAUACUUUAUGUCAUCACAACUAGUCCGAGUCAUCCCCCUAGCAGCAUGUCUGAGUGGUCAGUAUAUGGCCUCACAGCUCUCCUCAUCAUAACUGUCUCAGCCAUAUUGGCAAAGAUACUUCUGCAUUUCAUAAUGAAAUCUCAUCAGGCACCUUCUUCUGCUGAGAUAGGGGAUUCUCACCAAGCAACUACUGCAGGAGAGAUCUGGAGUAUUUUUUACAAGCCAUCCACCUCCAUCUCCAUCUUCAAGAAAAAAUUUAAGAGCCAACAAGAUGAUUGCAGCCUCCUUGUGGGACACUAAAGUGACAGUCACUCCAUGAGACACAUUAUUCUCCUGCAGUUCAAAGUGUAUUGGGGAUAAUCUUUUUCCUCUAUCUUCUCCUUGUUUUCCAAAGGAUCUGGACAGACUGUUUCUGGAGUUCCAAGGUGCACACCAGACAUGGGAAAACCAACUGCUAUAUAACCAUUUUGAAGUAUCUGGAGCUUGUCAGCCCUCUCAUCCUUCUAAAUAUGGUCUUAAACCACUUUGCUUAAAAUAGAAACAGAAUCUCAAAAACAGUAGAUAUCCUGCACACCCACAAAAUGAAAUGAAUGUGAGAACCCUGUGGAGAUCAGGACUUUGGGUCUGCUUUGACUGCUUUAAUAGUUUAGGUCAUUUUAAGCACAAAUAUAAAUGACACCAUCUUUUCAGCUGCUGCAGCGAUACAUGCUGAGUUGCCUCUGCUGUAGAUGUUUCUAGCUGGCAAUGUACAAGGGUAAGGGAGUCACAGACUUUGAGAAGGUAUCUGCCUCAGAGCCAAUGUUCUGCUAUUUUUGGAUGGCCUCUUUUCAGAAGUACAAAUAUAGAGAACCAAUCAGGUCUUAAAGGUAAAAUUAGGAGAAAAAUGCUCAACAAAGCCUGAGCUACAAACAAAUUAAAUAGGUGGUGCUCAUUGGUUCAGAGUCGACAUGGGAUGUUUAGAGUUUAAAGUUUGUGUGUCCGAGCCACAAUGCCUACUAAUUGUUUUUUAAGAGGUCACUUUUAGUAGCAAGAGACAGGUCAUGACAAACCUAUACCAUUCUUAAGCCCUGCAUCGAGUCUGGAUGUGAAGAUAGGGCUGCCUAACAAAGCAAUGACCUUUUCAGUCAAACUGUUAAGUCAGCGAGCUUCAGAUGGUAAGGCUGACAAUCAAGAUUCCCUACAACAAAAGUUAAAGAUAUCAUUGACAGCGGCAAAAGGUGGGGAUGACACAAUGGAUCUGUAAUAGCUGGUAAAUGACUGCACGGCGUCAUCAGUAUCAAUUGACUAGAAGGUUGGAAGGAACAGGAACAGCCAGAGAUAUAAGCAUAGUCAAUCACACCACCAAAAUCCACCAGUAAGGGGCAGCAGAGUGUGCAAGUGUGUCUCAGAAGUCCUGAACAUGAACUAUCCUGGCCUCUCCUGUAGGGGAGACAAUUGCCAAAAAUCUAAUAUGGUAGAGACACAGAAAUAGCGAAUGCUAGUAUAAGCAUGUCUUUGAUACAUGCUUCACGCACACAGGCAUGUGUGCAUGCACACACCACACACACACACACACACUUAGAAAGCUGUGAAUUUAGGAGAGCCCUGUAAUCCCUGGGAUGUUCAUACACGUGUCUAGAACCCGAACCCCAGAGUAACAUGGGAUAUAUUUGUGAGUGAGAGAUGUGUAACCAUGAGAUGCUCCCAGGCAGAAGUUUGGGGGCUGAGGGUGGGGGUGGCAUGUGUAUGUGUGGGAGAGAGAGUGAGAGAGGUGACCAAGUAGAAAUGUAUGUGACAGAGAGACAAACCCGCUGUCCUCAUGAUGCCUAAAUGUAUGUAUCCAUCUGUAACCUCUGGGACACUUGCACUGCAAUGUGAGGGUUGGUAGGGUGUGUUUAACCUGGAGUGUUUUGUGGGUUUAAGUGUUAUAAAUGCUUCAGCAACUCAUAUGCCAUUUAAAAAUGGAGUUGCUGCAAUGAGAGCAGCUGAAAAAAGCAGCAAUAUUUUCCAUAGCUCAGGGCCUGCGCCUCCCCCACAUUCCUAUGCUAGUGUCUGGACAACAGGCUUCACUUCCCUGCACAUGGGAUGCCUUGAUGCUUCCAGCCUUUGCACCUGUUUCUAUUGUGACCUCAACAUCAUAUUUCAAGUGCACAACAUACUUCCCAGCAAUCAUGAGGCCAGGAUUAGGAUAGUGGCAGCCAAUCCUUACCCCAAGGCUAAAUCAAGCUGCCUUGCUGUGCAUUCCAGACUACAGGACUACACAAGGAAGUGGUGGGACAGCUGGAUUUUGUCUCCAUUCAGAGGUGACAGUGUAUAAAUGUGAGUAAUCAAAGCGAAGAAAAGCUCCAGUUAGACAACAGAAUGAGGAAGAGAAACACUGGAGACAAACACCAACCCCACAAGAAGUCUACACAAACAAAGCAAAAUUGAGGCCAAGACAAGUGACAGCUGCUGCUUUCAGUUAAAGGUGGUUUUGAACGUUCUUGCCAACAAUAUCAAGGCCAAGAGUGUUCUCACUCCAAUCUUUUUGAUCCAGGAGAGGGGAUUACACAAGUCCAGCUGUCUUCAGACCCUGCAGUGUUGGAGAAAGUAUCUUGUUCCAGAAGUCUUUGGACCUAUAUCAACAUAUGCUCACCCCGGGCUGCCAUAGACUCCAUGCUCUAACCUCAGAGUCAGGUGACUGACAAAGACAUGGCCAAGAAUAAUCUUCAGGAUAGUUACAAAAGGGACACUGGGUUUCUCACUAGAACAGCUGGAAUGAUACUUUCAUACGAACAAUGGCUUAAGACCAGCCUGUGUCCUCUUGAUAAUAAGGCUCUUUCGUGGAAUCAUUUGUUACAUGGUUUCCUACACUAUGGAAAGUCUGAACAUAGCAGGGCAGAGCCUCAACAAGUGUGUUACCAUAGCUCUAUUGACUAUAGUGACUCUAUGACAAUUUACAGUAGCUGAGAGAGGGGGCUUAUUUCACUAAGAGUUCUGUACUGGCCAGCCUUGCCUUGGGUAAUUAAUUUUGAUCUUCUGCUUCAAAACAGAGCAAUGUGGCCGUAAGGACUCUUAUAUAUGAUGGAAACAGGCCUUUCCCCAUUUAUGCAUUCCCAAAAAUAUUUUCAAACUGCUGCAUCAUUGUAUUGGCCAGAAUGUAUGAGUAGACUCAUGCAGCAACAAACGCAAAACCAAGAAAGAGUGUUUUUCCCUGUGAGUAUCAUACUGCAAGUCAAAUAAUAUGCCACGUCUCCUACUAACUUGAGGUACCAAUCCACUUACAAGGAGGGAAAAAAACAAUUCAAAAUAGCUCCAAAA